AUGGAAAAAGAGCAAUUUUAUCGAGGUCGAUUUGAUGAAGUCGGAGAUCGUAAAUUAAACUCCGUACGUGUUUUUGUUAGCUCAACAUUUUCCGAUACGACUGAUGAACGUAAUGGACUUAUUGAACGUGUAUAUCCUCAAUUGCGCAAGUACUGUCUCAAUAAAUACAAAAUACAAUUUCAAUAUUCGGAUAUGCGCUGGGGUAUUCAAUCAGCAGCAUCAACUACGCAUUCAACAGUCGACAUCUGCCUUCAAGAACUUGAUAGCUGUAGUCAAUUGUCCAUGGCUACCAAUUGUGUUAUCCUGUUAAGUCACCGAUAUGGUAGCCGUCUGGUUCCAGCUUACAUAUCCUAUCGUGUAUUUCAAUUACUUGAAAAUAGCCUAUCAACAGAUAUUGAAGCACAAACUUUCCUGUCUCAAAUGUAUGAAUUAGAUGAAAAUUAUAUUGAAAAGAAAGUAUUUCUUAAACAAAUUGGCGACAGUCAAGAAUGGAUACCACUAGAAAAUAAAUUACAAUUAAUUUUACGACAAGCAGCAGAUAUUUGCUACCAACAGGAAACAAUAACCACCGAAGAACGAAAUGAAUUUCAUAUGUCAGUUACAGCAAAAGAAAUUUAUCGUGCGUUAAAAAAUAACAAAAAUAGGCCACGACGAAUAGUUUGUUUUUUACGUGAAAUAAUCGAUAUAGAAGAACUUGAUUCAAAAUAUCGUGAAACAGAAAAUAAAGAUGAAAUAAAAAUGUUAUUGGAUGAAACGAAAAAUUCACUGCGUCAAUCACUUGAUUCAUCGGAUAUUUAUACAUAUCAAGUUCGUUGGAACGAUGAAACUGCUCGGAAAAAAUAUUUUUCUCAAUUUUUUGAUGAUUUUUAUCAAGCAAUUAAAUUACAAGUUGAUUUUCAUAUGAAGAACCAAGAAAAUCAACAAAAAGAUAUUCUCUAUAAUCAAAUAUUAGAGCAUGCAAUUCAAUCUAAUUUAUUAACGCAACGAUAUUUUCCACGGCAAGAUAUUCUCGAACAAAUUAAAAAUUAUAUGAAGUCAACAAGCAAUCGUCCAUGUGUUUUACUAGGAGAAUCAGGAACUGGGAAAUCAUCAAUCAUGGCUACACUUGUUAGCGAAAUCCCAAAUUGGUAUCGACAAACGAAUGCUUUGUCCGUUAUUAUCCGUUUUCUGGGCGCAACACCGUCUUCCAGCGAUAUUCGUCGUCCAUUGAUAUCAAUUAUUGAACAAAUUUGUCACAUUUAUCAUUUUGAUAUACCAUCAAAUUUAGAUAAUGUAAAAGAAUCGCUUGAAAAUAUUUUCAUGCAUAUUCCGAAAACUGAAAUUCUCGUUGUUCUUCUGGAUUCCAUUGAUCAACUUCAAAUAGCUGAUUUGAAAAAUUUAUCAACAUGGUUACCAACGAAAUUCCCAUCGACUAAUUUUAAAUUUAUAAUAUCUACCAUUCCAGAUAUUGAAAUUGAUCGAGUAACAGUUAAUAUUCAUGAAAAAUUAAGAACUAUCUAUGAUAAUGACAUCAUCGAAAUCGAAAUCGAUUCUUUGAAUGAAAACCUUGCUGAACAAGUUCUAGAUUAUUGGCUUGAACAAGAUCAUCGUUGCUUGACAAUGAUACAACGUGAAUGGAUUACAGAGAAAUUUCGUAAACAACAGCAUUUUUUAACACCAUUAUUGGUUGCGCUUCUAUACGAUCAGACGUUGUCAUGGCAUUCAUAUGAUACAACGCCCGAUCCGGCGUUUUUAGCUAUAAAACAAACUCGUGGUGCUAUUGAAUAUCUAUUUAAUCAAUUAGGUGUCAAACAUGGUCAAACGUUAUUUCAACGUUCAAUGAGCUAUCUUCAAUUAUCAGGCGGAUUAAGUGAACUUGAAUUAGAAGAUAUUCUUACGUUAGAUGAUGAAAUUUUAAAAUCAGUUUUUGUUCAUUAUCUACCACCAUUUGACUUAUUUCGAUUACCGUCGACGUUAUGGAUUCGCAUUAAAAAUGAUAUGCAUAAAUAUUUAGUAGAAAAAGACAUCGACAAUAUUCCUUGUAUUUAUUUUUAUCAUCGCAGUUUUCAAUAUUACCAAACAAUGGACUUUAAAAAAUUGAGACUUGAACAUCAAACAAAAGAACUACUGGAGAAAAAUCGUCUAUUCUAUUUUGCUAAUCAAUAUAAGGAAACAUUUGAUAUGAGCUAUUCACCGAAAUUGGCUAAUAAAUAUAGAUUAUCAACAAUGAUCAUAUCUGCCAAUCGACGUCUAACUGAACAAAAGCCUUUCAAGCAAAAGAAAACAAAUCAAUAUAAUCUUCGUCGUCUACAUCAAUUGUAUAUCAAUCUCAAUCGUUAUGAUUUUGUUCACGAAUGGACUGUGUUCAAUUAUGAUUUUUUAUCUGCAUUUCUCCUUUGUGGCGAAUAUAAAAUGUCUAAUUUCCUGUUUGAAAUGUCAAUUGGUGCUCAUGAUCCAAACGGUGAAUUACGAUUUCUUUUAAAACAAUUUGAAGCAUCAACAGAAACUCUAGACCAACAUCCACAUAAUUUAUCAUUUGAAUUAGUUUAUCGUUUUUUUCCAUUUCUAAAUGAAUUACCAACGUUAACAUAUAAUUUAAUUGAUCGAUGCUUAAGUCACUGCCCACUUCAAUUAAUUACAAAUAAAGAACGACCAGAAUCUUUAGCAAAAUGUUCAUUAACAAACAUUAUUUCUAUUACCAUCGAUGCACAUUAUAUAUUUGCUUUAACUAACAAUGAUAAAUUCUAUGUAUUUGUUUAUAGUUAUCUUGGUUUAUUAAUGGCACACGAGUUUGAUGUAAUAUAUAAGAAAAAAGAACCAAAUGAGCGAAUAUUAUCAUAUUUGUGUCGAUUUCCCUAUGUUUGCUUUCUUACAUCAAAUUCAUCAAUGGUAGUGGGACAUUGUUCGAAAAAAGAAGUGUCUAUGCAACUGCCAUGCAAGCAAUUAAUCUCCUUUAUCAACGAUCGAAUGGUUCUAGUUGUUUCAUCAGCAGCGAAUUCAUUAGAAUUAUGGGAUUGUUCAAAUAAUAUUCUCGUAUCAAAACACAAUUUUAACGAUGAGAAGAUUAUCGAAAAUUGUAUUUUGAAAAAUUCUAUGAUUAAAGUAGUUUUAAAAGGAAAUUCAACGAUUUCUUAUAUAGAAUUAGAUGGAAAUUUUCAAUUUAAUCCAAUUCGAAUUUCUAAUGAAAAUAUUAAUAAUCAUAAUCGCCAUAUACUUCUUGAUACUCAUUGUGAAUUUUAUUAUUCAUUAAACAGUUCACUAGCGACAUUAGUUAUUUAUGAUAAGACAAAUCAUAAUUCAAAAAAAGUUAUCAACGACAUUGAUUUUAUUUCUCCACCGAAAUCUGUUAUUUACUUGUCAAAAAGCAAUUCUAUUGCAUGGUUAACAUCAACAACUCUUAUGAUAUUUCAUCCGUUAUACGAACAAAAUAUUUUUCAACCAUUUUAUAUUACAUCAUCAACGAUUCCAAUUGACUAUGAUCUAGUUCAUGAUCAUUGUUCAUCGCCGGAAUUCGACGAUCUCCGGAGUUGUUUAGCUUGUGUUAAUAAAUCAAACAGUAUUAUUGAUAUUUAUGAAUGGCAAUAUGAUAAAGACAAACGAAUUCAUAUUUAUCGACAAUGUACUCGUCUUCAACUUGACAUAUCAAUCGAUCAAUUCGUAUUUACAGCAUAUUGGUUCGAUGGUAUUACUCUCUACUGUUCGGAUGGUAAUAAUAUUUAUAAAUAUAAUGCAACCAUGUUAACUUAUCUAACCUCAUCAAAGCCUUUCCAUCCAUCUCACGCGAUUGAUCAAAUACCAAGUCUACAUUCCGAUCAAUUCUUAGCAAUGAAAAACAAGGAUAAUUCAUUGGAAAUCUAUACAUUGGAUGAAAAUGAUUCUCUUGACCUAAAAUGUUCAAUUCACUCAAUUGUUGAUUAUUAUUUUACCACAUCCCCAUCAUUAUCAUCAUCCGCACAUGUUUUAUGUGUUGAUGAAAAGAAUAUUUUAUCAAUAUACUCUUUAAACUCAUCAAAAUUAUUGUGGACAACAAAAUCAUUUGAAAAUAAAAAACUUCAGAUUCAUUCUAAUCAAUCGUCGUUUAUUCUUAUUUGUUUACAAACGAAACAAAUUUAUCAAAUAGAUACUACUCAAUCAUUUGAUUUAAAAAUUCUUGUUCAAUUGAAUAUAGAUUGUCAUUUAAGUACACUUUCAUCUAAUAAUCUAUUAUAUAUAAUAUCAAAUGAUCAACAAACUCUGAUCGAAUUCAAUGUAAAUAAUCAAAACAUGAAGAGUCUAUCACCUGUUCAAUUGCAAUCCACGAAAAUUAUUCAAUUAUAUUCUGUAUCCGAUCAUCUGAUCUUUCGUGCUGAUGAUAAUCAAGUUUAUCUUUGGUGGAACGAAAAGGUACCUAUAUCGAAAUUAGAAAAAGCGUCUCGUUUAAUGUUAAAACAUCGACUUGUUCUUGUAUGCACAGAUAAUAAAGUAUUGGUAUUAUACGACUUGAAAGCAAACUUACGUGGAACAAUUCAAUUAACGGACGACGCCGGUCAAUGUGAAGCAAUUAGUUUAAGUGAUUAUAGUAACGAAGGCGAUCAAUAUCUUUUUAUUAUUUGUUCUGAUCGACUUUUACGAAUGUAUAACGUUUCGAAUGGUAAACAAUUAGCAAAAUUGUUCAUUAAUAAAGAUUUAUAUCCAUUUAUUGGAAUAUUAAAUAAUCGCCUAUUACUCAAAGUUACGAAUCAAUUAUGUAUAAUUAAAAUUAUCGAUAAGAAAAAUUUACCAAACAGAUCAUCGAAUGUCAAGUGUACUCUCUUCAAAGAAUCUAUGUGGAUGACUUGUCAUCAUGACAAUUGUGCUUGGUCGAAUACGGUCGAAUCAUAA